ACACCUGCUUCUGGAACCGUCCCCACUCCCCGAGGAAGGCGACGGAGGUCUCGUAGUCGGCCAUGCUCUGUCUGUCUGUGCAGCUGCGGGCGCGCAAAAGUGGGGCAGAGUUGACGAGUGACACCGAGGGAGGACUGUUCGGCAUGUUGUGACUCUCCUGCUGGAGGUGUGGGAAAGCUUGUUCACCCAGCCGGGUGGAUCAAAAACUCCAAGAACUAACUCCACUGAUGAAGUCCAUUGUUCCAGCAAGGAAGAGACACGGCAGCAGGCACGUAUACUCCCUCCCUUACACUAAACCAGUGAAGUGCAGUAUUCAACUAUUUUUUUUUAAACUUUUAUCCUGCCACACAGGACUCAGACGCACUCUGUACCUUUCUAUCCUGAAGAACAAGUGACAUAUUAUCUAAAGGUCUAAGGUCAGAAUACAAAACUCUGUUCCCUCCUUCGUUGCAACUCACUGAAUUUUCUCCCAUCUCCCUUCCCAGUUGACAGUUGGCCUCUCCAGUGUCUCUCUGCCGUACACGUGUGACAGGAGAGAUGCCAGUGGUGGGCAAAUAACACUAUGGGCCAAAUAUGCAUACAAAUUCAACUGGCAAAUUGUUGAACCCUUUCAAAAAUGUUUCUAUUUCAUAUUAAAACGCGACGUAUAAAAACGUUCGGUUGGUAUAAUCUGAAGGAUGAGCAGUGAUAAUGUUGAACGUUGAUCGUUUAUUAAGAACAUGUGUAUAAUGUAUAAAGUCCAAAUUUUUAAUUCAAGCAUAUUUGAAAAUAAAUGGUCCAACUAAUCAAUCAAUCUAUCUGACUUCAUUUUUAUAGCACUUUUCGCACCAAAAAGAAAUGCAAGACAAAAAAGAUCCCCCCUUCCCUCCGAUAGACAGGCACACACAAACACACGCGCAGACAUUUACUCAUGGUCAAACAUACGAUGCAAGGCUCAAAAGAGCAAAAAAAAUGGAUGAAUAAAACAUUAAGUAAAAACAUGAACGCCUGUAUCUCGCUUAUUUGCAAUGAGGACAAACUUCAACUAAGGCGAAGAACACUUUGCACCACGGGACAGGGCAGAGUCACACGCACAAAUUCGUGUCAAUCAACAACUCAGUGUUGUAAAGGGGCCAUUUAAGCAUUUUUUCUGCAAGUCGUUUCACUUCAAAUUCAAUUUUAUCCACAUUUAGAUGCGUGUGCUCGAACAAGCGAUGUGCUGAAAACCACUUUCAUUCACACUCAAUGAAUAACGUUAGCCGUGUAAACCAUGAGCUCCUCAGUCGUGGGAAUACACCUGCCGUGAAAGCCCAGAGUUCUCAACUCGGUUGUUCGACAGAGGGAUGUGCUCACUUGUACGACACGCUGUGUGCAAACUAGCAGUAGACAGACAGCGGCGGUGGAUGCGUCACUUGAAAUGAAUGUGCACAAGACAGUCGUUUUGGGACUGCUGCAACGUGUGGAGGUGCGUGUCCAUUUGCAGGCCCGCGUCAGGCCCUGUAUAUACAGUCGCUUUUAGACAAGACGUGUUCUAUGAGUGCAGAGGUCUGCUCCUGGGUUUAGAGGUGAACCCGUGUUCAGUUGUCAUGUGACUAUCACAGAGUCAGAAUAAAUCACAUGACUCUUUAUCCACUUGUGAGAAAUCUAGUUAGGAUACGCGGUAACAAAGUUAACUGAACCCGCAGCCGCAUGUGAAGCAUCUUUACUCAAGGUUUUUCACCACCGAGCGCGAAUCAGACGUCCGGGAUCGUUUGAGCACUUUGAUGGGAGUUGACCAUUCAGCCUGUGGACUUUGAUCAGUCGUUCGUGAACGCCAGUGGCUGUCCUCUCAGUGAUGAAAGACUGUGAUCUAAUCCCGUUACAUAUUCAUGACUUUAGCCAAGACCAGAUACUACAGCUCAGCAUCCUGUAGACCCUUGAUUAUCUCCAUGAAAGGAAAUCCCUGCAGGUACUGAUUAAACUGAUUGAACUGAUUGGCAGUAUCACCAGGGACACAUAGGUGAGAGGAAUUGUGGAGCUGAGUUAUCAGGGCCCCGACCCGAGGAGGGCCAUCAAAAAAAGACAUUAAAUGUUUGGUUUUAUCUGUAAAUUUAAAAAAAACAAAACAACAUAACAUUAUUAGCAUUAUAAGUUGGCAGAACAAGUAGUUUGUGUAUCUAUAACCUUGACAGUGUAGGGUCCACAGGUCACUGCACUGAUGCAGGACUUAAAACAUGAAUUCAUUAACAUUAACAUUUUAACAUAUUACAUAAGAGAACUGCACACACAAAAAAGUUUCAAGCAUGUUCCUCAUGUCAUUGCAGGGAGGAAUAAUCCAGCAGACUGAAAUGGAAAUGUUUGCAUCCCAAUGAACAAUGUAGACAUUGUAGUCCUUUUUGAAACACGUUUGCCCAAAGUAGUUGAUUAAGUCAAAGGGCAAACAGCUGCAUUCAAAAUUCCUUCAAAAGAAGGGAACACGAACACAUCCUGCUAGCAGUUUGUGUUUUAAUAAUGGGAUGUAAUUUUUUUUGCUCAUACUGUAUAUGGACUGUGAGCUUUUCUGUUGAAACGCAGUUGCGGCUGGUGGGUUAUUUCACUGAGGAGGCGACUCGUUCUGUAAUGUUCUAAAUACCACCACAACGAAAGCUUGACAAAGAGGACAGGAAUACGAUGACAUUUCAGGUCGUGCGGAUUUUAAUGAAAGGCAUUGUAACCAUGUCAUCGCUUAUUACUGUAAUAACCGCCGCAGAGGGCACACAGCUACUUGUACAUGUGUGACAAUGGACGUGUCAAAGGGGAAAGGGAGCCAACAUUUUUCACGCAUGACUUGGGUUAAUGUGCUGCACCACAAAGCCUGAGGAGGAGGAAAGUCUACAUGUGGCACAUUAGACCAAAAUCUAUAUAGUAAAAUUCAGAGAAUACUAAUUUGAACACAAUAAACGUGAAAGGAACAUAUGGCAGCUGACAGGUUUUUUUUUAUAUGAGGAAUAUUGGCAGUAUAUUCAGAUAUUUCAUUCAACAUUCCGAAUGCCUGCUUGCCUCUGCAGUGUGGCUCAAAAAAAGAGUCCAGCGAGAGUCUCAAUGCUACUUAGCAACAUUUAGAGUACAGGCACGUGCUCCUCUUUAGGGUAUUUAAAAGUGUGGAAUGUUGUUUCGAGAAAAUGCCACUUUGACCGCAGCGGUGCGGGGGCGGGGUGGGUAGAGUAGCCUCUCUGAACCUUUUGAUCAUUUUUUUCCUUUUAGUAAAUCCAAUCAAAUCAGCGGGUCAGAGGUGUCCCAUUCACCCGUCUCAGAUAAAUAGGUCUCCCCUCGGAGAAAGCCGAGGUAUAUAUACGGUGUGUCAGGGCAUUCUUCCUGUAUGUCACUCUGAGAUGGGGGGGGGGAAAAGUUGUUUCCUGGAAAAAAUAGGGUUUAGUACUCCCAGGGUUGGAAAGUAACGUCUUUUGAAUUGCGACUCCGUCCCACUGAGGGGACCAGCACUCUCUUCCCCGCAGAGAGUUCGACCCGACCCCUCUGGUGCUAAGCUGAGGACUCUGAGAGGGAUACAGCGCCUCAUACUCUGAAGGAUUUCAGAGGAUUUUUUUCUUUCUCCCUCAAGGGCAGGGAGGCAUAUUUUCAUAUAUAUAUAUAUAUAUAUAUAUAUAGAAUGGGAGACUAUGAUGAAGACACUGCAUUCCUCGGACAGACUGGUCCCUUUUUCUGGAACACAUUCUUCCUCCUGAACACAGUUUUUGUCUCAACUGGAUUCAACGGGCUUUACAUCGUCUUUGUUGGAGCGGCGCCGAAACACCACUGUCUCGUUCCGGACGUCAACUUGACCGAGGAGUGGAGGAACGCCAUCAUUCCCGUUACGAUAGUGGACGGGGAAGCUGUGCCCAGCCAGUGCAGCAGAUACAGGCUGGACGUGGUCAGAAACCUCUCUGCCGAAGGAUACGUUCCCGGAAGGGAUGUCAACCUCACCAACCUGGAGGAGGAGGGAUGUCGAGAUGGAUGGAACUACAGCAGAGAAAUCUACCAAUCCAACAUAGUCACUGAGUGGGACCUAGUUUGUGACAACAAGUGGAAGGUUCCCUUUGCAUCCUCGACUCUGUUUGUGGGAUACCUCGUCGGAUCCUUGAUCUCGGGGCAGCUUUCUGACAGGUUUGGGAGGAAGAAGGUUGUUUUCAUCUCUCUUGCGGCCCAGUGCGUCUCAGUCCUGCUCCAGUCCUUCUCUCACUCGUGGAGGAUGUUCUGUAUCAUGUUCCUCUUUGUUGGAGCCUCCCAGAUAUCCCUCUACAUCUCUGCAUUUGUACUAGGAACGGAGGUGUUGAGUAAGACUAUGCGAGUGCUCUUCGCAACUCUCGGGGCGUUUCUCUUCUACUGCAUCGGGUACAUGACUCUACCCUGGAUCGCGUAUGGCAUCCGAGAAUGGAGGACCCUGCUUGCUGUUCUGUCCACAACUGCCGUGGUCUACAUCCCUCUCUGGUGGUUCAUCCCAGAGUCUCCCCGGUGGCUGAUCACUCAGGGAAGAGUGAAGGAGGCUGAAGCCAUAGUGAGAGAGGCUGCAAGGAAAAAUAAAGUUGAGGCUCCGGCUGUCAUUUUCAAAGAAGUGGAGGGGAUGCCUCCGUUCAAGAAAUACACAAUGCUUGAUAUUCUAAAAUCCAAGAACAUCAGAUGCAUCACACUGGUGUGUCUCCUUCUGUGGAUGGCGAUAAACAUCGGGUAUUUCGGUUUGUCCCUGAACACGUCCAACCUGAGCGGGAAUCCCUUCAUGAACUGUUUUUUGUCGGCGACCACUGAGGUCCCUGCCUACAUUGUUUCCACUGUCCUGCUGAAGAAAUGUCCGAGGAGAGCGCUGCUGUCGUCGUUCCUCUUCAUUGGAGGUGGCGUUCUCCUGCUCAUCCAGUUCAUCCCUGACACCCUCCAUUACGUUGCUCUGGCCCUGGAGAUGACCGGGAAGUUCGGCUUCACGAUGGCCUUCAGCAUCGUCUACAUCUACACCGCUGAGAUCUACCCCACGGUACUCAGGAACGUCGGCAUGGGAAUGUGUUCGUCUGCUGCUCGCAUCGGCAGCAUCACGGCUCCCUACGUCAUCUAUUUAGGUACUUAUAAUAAGGCUUUGCCUUAUAUCCUCAUGGGAAGUCUCACCAUCGCCUCCUCCGUGUUGAACUUCUUCCUUCCCGAGACCCUCAACAGAGAUCUUCCAGAAACAGUGGAGCAGAUGCAAGAAUGUCAGGGGUUAUGCAAUGGACCCAAGAAGAAGAAAUAUGUAGAAAGUGAAGGAGGGGGCAACCCACCUAUACAAAAUGAGACAUAAUCGGAUGUACACAUACUUCAUGCAUUCAUGAAUCUUUGCUAUGUUUGGAAAAGAAAGAAAGAAAGAAAGAGAGAGAGAGAGAGAGAGAGAGAGAACGAAAAAGAAAUACAAUCCCAAACAUGCACAGUGGGGUUCAAAAAUCUAAUUCCAAGAAGUGUCUUUUUUGUAUAAUUUUUAAUGAUACCGUUUUUUUACUCAGUUGGUGCUGGUUGAUUUAAUGCAAAUGUUACAUCUUUAAAUUUUUGUAUGAAAAUUGAACUGCAUGUGUGUCUGAUUAGUCUGGGAUGCGUGUGUCGCACAAUACAUGCAAUUAAAAAAAUGAACAUUAAACCAUUCUUAUUCACAGUCUGAAUUUUUUCCCCCAUCUUUUAACGAGGUAAUAUCCAUUUCGAUCCUAAAUUAAAUGGUAGUCACCUAUUGAAAAGGAACAGUUGAAGGAGUGGAUGCUGAUUCAGGGAGACGGAAACCGUGGAUGUCUUAAGCAGAAGUAUUUAUUAUAAGAGCUCAAUAUACAUCAAGGGAUUUCUGGUUCGUUUACACAGGUCAACAAGGUGGUCAGUGUAUGGCGCCCCGAGACAAUCUGCCUGUUCCCGGUCUCUGUAGUGUGUUUAGUUCAGGGUAAUGUCGCCAUCUCCCCGCGACCUUGACACCUCGAGAGAGAC